ACAUUUACGCUUCAGUGUUUGAAAGACAACGCGUUCGACAACACGACUAAAGCGGAGCAGCAAAAUCAAAGCCUAACAAUACUGAGCUAAAUUUUCAAAAUAACUUAACUUUUUUUUCGAAAAAUUCUCUAUCUCUCUACUUAUCCCGCUAUCUGGUUAACGGCAUAGUUCGACACAGCGUUUAUUAUCCAAUUUUAACAAACAGCUUUUGUCGCAUUUUCUCCCCGAUCUCACAAUAAACGGUGCUAAUUCAAACGUAACGGUUAUGCUAACACAACAUAGUGAUGCAAUAAAAGCAAUAAUAACAAACAGAUAAAGUGUGGCGAAAAAUUAACUGAAACAAAAGUGACUCACCACUCUUGCGUAAAAAUUCAAAUGUGAAGUAUUGUGAAUUUUCAAAAAUCAAAUAUUUUAACAAACGGUCGCUAAGUAAGUUCACGGUUUUAUUAGUGAAAGAUUCACAGCGACUGGCUAUUAGAAUAACCUGAGCGCCACGCCGUUUGCUAAAUAACCGUCCAUUUCAGCCGAAAAGAAGAAACAUUGCAAUGAAAACAAACAAUUAGCUAAAAAACAACAAAAACAAAAAGUAAAUUGACCGCAAAUAAGCAGCGUAAAUUCGUUUAUGCUAAACGUACUCAAUAAUACAAAAUCGAAAACAUUUAUAUAUACACACAUACAUGCAAACAUUUGUAGGUGUGUAAAGAGCUAACUGUGAUUUGUUGUGUAAGGUGUGUACGAAGCAGCGCAAAACACUCAAUGUGAGUCAUAGUUUUCGCCGCUUUACCUGCACCUAUCCGACUAAAUUCCAGCACAUCCACCCCUGCUACCCAACGCUCCUUAUUCGAUUGUACCAAUCAAUUCAGUUCAGUUCAGUUCUCGAUCAGCGUUUUACUUGCCGGCUGUACUGCAUUCAUUCAACCCAGGUACUUGUAGUUGUCCAACCAGCUCACCACCAACCGAGUCUAUACACAGGCGAAAUGGAUCAUCGUGCUAUUGCCAGUCAAGUGCGAGAUUUGCGAACUGCAUUCGAUCUCUUAGACAGAAAUCGUGAUGGGCGUGUCACAGCAAAUGAGCUGCAAUUUAUGCUGAAAAAUCUUGGCAUAAAUGUGCGAGACGAAAUCAUACACGAUCUCAUACGCGAGGCAAGCCAUUCUGGAAAUGGGUUAAUCAACGAGGCCGAAUUCCUGCAAUGGGUGGGACGCAUUCAGGCGUUACGUGAUGAACAGCAGCAGCAACAACAACAGCAAGAAGAGAAUGCAAGCAAACCAGAGGAGAACGAUGAUGUCACCGAAGAUUUAAUCGCCGCAUUUAGAGUAUUUGAUCGUGACGGCAAUGGCUUCAUUACCCGCGACGAGCUGCAAACCGCCAUGGAAAUGAUUGGAGAACCCCUCUCAGAAACGCAACUCACACAAUUAUUGGCCAUAGCCGAUUUGGAUCAAGACGGCCGAAUUAAUUACGAAGAAUUUACGAGACUUUUACUUUAAAGUGAUGAACAUCCAUAAAACUGAGCAUACAUACUUACAAAUAUAUAUUAGCGAAACAACAGCAAGCAAACUACAAUGUCAACAACAAAUAUAUGCAAAAGUUUAUAUACACACAUACAUAUAUAUUUACAACAGUGCAGCAUACUCAAGUUACAUAAGUACUAAGCAGAAAUAUGUUUAAUAUCGAACUCUUCUUGACAAAAACAAAAACAAAAACUAAAUAAAAAACACAAUUUUGUAAGUUUGUCGGCGUUUAUCUGCUGGACCAGAAGCAAGACAAGCAGCAGCGGGAGGGUGGUGCAACAACAAACUCACACAUACAUAUAACACAUAUGUAUCGGUAUGGCUGUUGGAAGAGGACCACGAAAGUCACAAAAGAUUAACAUUUUAGUUAAUAAGUUGUUAAUUUAAAGCAUUAAAUUUAUUUAUGUAUAGUUUCACACAUACAAAAAAAAAACAAAAACACCAACACACAAACACACAAACAAUGAUAAACACAUAUACCUAUAGUUAGUUUAAGUUAAUUUUUAAUUGUAAUAAAAGCAGUACAGUAAUGUGAAAGUGAAUAGCAGCGUUUUGUAAAGAAAUUAAGAUUUUGACAUUUUGUUAUAAAAUUAUGAAUAUGAAAUUUAAUUAAAAUAUA